AUGCUUAAAGAUGGCGGUGACAUCACCAUGGAAAACGCACUGAAUGCGACCAAUGCAAUGUUUCUACAUCAGCUGAAGAAACCCAACAUCGUGGACCUUCCUCGUGGCAGCGUUCUUCCCAGUGACCUUCCUCUUAACGCCAUCUCAGACAACAGCAAAGUCAGGCACAUCUUUGACAUGGUUGGCCCUGUCGAACUUCCCAUUGCCCUCCUAGAGCUAGUGACACAAGCUGGCAAAGACAAGCGGUUUCAUGACUUGCCGGCCCCCUUUGGGUUGAAAGCUUCUCCAGGUAUGCAGUUCGACUUUCAAUUGGCUGCCGUCCCUCUGCCUGACCAACCUGGAAAGUAUUUCCUCUUGAAGCACAUUAGCUUCUCUGAGCAGGGUUUCAAGUUCCAAACCCAAAGCUUCGCUUUGUCUCCUGCUGGCGCUGCUUCAUCUGACCGCAAGACUUUCUAUGAUGGCCUGAGUGACGACAAGAUUGACGAAGGAUUUGAUUUCAUUGAGCAAUACGGCCCUCGAAGCCAUCACAGCAACACCCAACUGCGAUGGAUCACAAAGCAACUCAUCUCUGAGGAUUCUCCCAUCAAAGACUGGCCCGAGAGAUUGACCAAAGAAGCUCUGAGGAACCUCAUGACGGAUGGAGUCUUAGCUUCGCCCGUGCAUGACUUCCCCCUGACACUUGUGGAUGUGAACCCUUCUGUCCUCUUCAUCUUGGAUGGGAAAGACUCCACUUGGAAGGAUUGUCGCAAUGGCCAUGCCUGUGAGUUUGAUUUCUUCAGGGGCGAGGCAGGAAGACAGGACCGCCCUGACAUCUUCGAUGACGGUUCCCUUCCCGAACAGCCUAUGCGCAAGCUCAAAGGCUUUUGUGAUAUUGGCAACACGGUCCUCACUAAGGCCAAGGAGAGGUGGGGAGCGGCCAAAUUCCAACAAGGUCAAACGCGCAUCUACAUCUCCAACGAAUUAGAUCUCACCGCGGAGCCUCGACCAAAAAGGAAUGUGACAACCCUCUCUCACAAAGACUUCAUGCAGAUCUUGGAGCCAGCGUGGAUGAAAGGGUCCUCAGUGUCUGACAUUGAGGCCGUCCUGAAGCAAACUUGCAUCUUGAUCAUGACCAAGCGCUUCAUGUACUGGCGCCCCGCCACUGAGUCUGAGGUUUCGGUCGACCGCAUUGAUUUGCCUGGUUCUUUGCUUCGUGAGUCUGGUGGGCAGAAAUACAUGGACUAUCGCAAAGGCAACAAGAAUCUACCUGAGGAGUUUGUAUCUCAUGUGAAGUGGGAGCAGGCGUGGAUGACCUCUGGCAUGGAAAGAGGAGGGAAAGACAUGCCUCCACUGCCUACAGAGACCAUUACACAUUCCUUGUUCAACCCUUCUGAAGCCAACCGUGUCGUGGAAGUACACGUGCCUCCUCAGCCAGUCAAGUCCGAGACCAUCGGCUUCAAGCGCUCUUUGACAACUUGCGCUGGCUCCAUUGAUCUAGACAGCCCGGUGCACAAAAGCAUCAAAAAGAAUCAGUGA